AUAUAAUAUAAUAUAAUAAUAACAAUCUUGUAUAUAAGAUAUAAUUAUAGUACUGUACGGCAAAAGCCGAUGCGACGGACCUUAUGAAAAAUAAUGGGGAAGUAGCUUAGCUACUAACAGAUAACUAGCUUUUAAUACCAAACAAAAUGGGAGAGACUAUUUCAAAUUCCGAGUACCUCAAUCUCUUAGAUCGAGCUAAUUUUACUAUUAGUACAUUUUUAUCUCAUCAUUCUCAACUUAGUAAACCUCGAGUAUUAAUUAUAUGUGGAUCAGGAUUAGGAGGAAUUGCUAAUAUACUUAAUAAUCAAGCAGAAAUUAGUUAUGAAAAGAUUCCUGGAUUUAAACUUUCAACUGUACCUGGUCAUGCAGGUAAACUUAUAUUUGGACAUAUUGGAACUAAUCAAGUUCCAGUAAUGUGUAUGGUUGGACGUUUACAUUUUUAUGAAGGUUAUUCAUUUCAAGAAACUACUUUCCCAAUUCGAUUAGCUAAGAAAUUAAAUGUUUCAACUGUUAUUGUUACAAAUGCAGCAGGAGGAAUUGAUCCUACUUUUAAACCAGGAGAUUUAAUGCUUAUAAGUGAUCAUAUUAAUUUUCCUGGUUUAGCAGGUUAUCAUCCAUUAAGAGGUCCAAAUUUAGAAGAAUUUGGUCCCAGAUUUCAACCUCUUUCAGAUGCUUAUGAUUUUGAAUUAAGAAAAUUAUUUUUAACAACUGCAAGAAAUAAACUUGGAAUAACUCGUAAUAUUCAUGAAGGUACAUAUUUCUUUGCGGCUGGUCCAACAUUUGAAAGUAGAGCAGAAGUUCGUAUGAUUAGAAAUUUAGGAGGUGAUGCGGUAGGAAUGUCAACUGUUCCUGAAGUUAUAGUUGCUCGUCAUUCAGGUUUAAAAGUAUUAGCAAUUUCUUUAAUUACUAAUGCUGGAGUUGGUGAUAAACCACCUAGUGCAUUUGCUGAAAAUCCUAAACCUUUAGAUGAAGGAAUGGCUAGUCAUGAUGAAGUAUUACAAGCAGCUGACGAAGCUUCCAAAGACGUUCAAAAAAUCAUUCAAGCUACAGUCAAUGAAUUGUAAGAUUAUUUAAUUAAUUAAUUAUACUUUAUUAUAUUAUAUUUUAUUUUAUUUUAUUCAUUUUAUUCUUUAUUAGAUUACUUUAGAUUAGUUUACAGAUAAAUUAACGUUAC